AAUCACUUCCUGCCCCUGCGAGUCAACCCGUUCAUAUUUGCUAUCUGUUUCCGGUUUGCCUUCCUUUUCGGCUACGGCUCCAAACUCGCCAACAUGCCUCUUGCUAAAGACUUGUUGCACCCAACUCCCGAGGAGGAGAAGAGGAGGCACAAGAAGAAACGUCUCGUGCAGAGUCCUAACUCCUACUUCAUGGACGUCAAAUGUCCAGGAUGCUAUAAGAUCACUACGGUGUUCAGCCAUGCGCAGACAGUAGUGUUGUGUGUGGGGUGCUCCACAGUACUCUGCCAGCCCACUGGGGGAAAAGCACGUCUAACGGAGGGAUGCUCAUUUAGGAGAAAGCAGCACUAGCCUCUCCCCAACAAUUCUGGUUGGAGGAGGAGAGACUGGAUUGGACGAUGAGAGGUUCAGUGUCUUCGCCCUGGAUCCUGGAUGAGAGCAUCCCUCUUAGCUAAGGCGAGGCAUGGUGAAGAUGCGGCCAAAUGCAGAGAAAAGAAGACAGAAAGAUGAAAUGAGUUCUCGCUCCCUGUGAGCCGGGGGGAUCGUGUAUGAGACUAAACAAGAUUCACUGGAACAUCCCAUCUCCAACCCUGCCUCUCUAAAGUUAAAUAAAGUUAUGUCUUUCGUUA